AAGCGAUUUACAUAGAGAAAUCAUAAAUACAGAUAAGAUAGAUAAGUAUCUCCUUCUGCAUGAUCCCCACCGCACAUUAAGACUGAGAGAGGUCCAUCUCCAUAUACACCACCAGGUCUGCCAGUGAGGACUUUCUCUGUAGUCGCUCAUAAGCUGUGGAAUACGCUCCCUAUAGACAUUUGUGAUUUAACAUCCUAACCAGCCUUCACAAGAGUCCUUAAGACACAUUCUUUUAACCAGGCUUUUAGUAAUUUCUGAGUUUUUAAAUUUUUAAUUGAUGUUUAGGUUCUUUAAUUCUUGUUUUAAUAGUUAGUCUUGUUUGUCUUUGUUUAUGUGAACCGCCUGGAGCCUCUGGAGUCAGGCGGUAUAUAGAUUAAAUAAAUAAAAACAUAAAAAUUAGUCUCACCACAUCUUAAAAUGUGUAUUGCAACCAGACGCAAAACUUGCAGGUUUUGGAUGCAUCCAUCCAAGAGUCCUCAAAGAACUUAAAUGUGAAAUUGCUGACCUCCUUGCUAAAAUAUAUAACUUAUCCCAGAAAUUGGGCUCUGUACUAGAGGACUGGAGAGUAGCAAAUGUAACACCGAUUUUCAAAAAGGGAUCCAGGGGCGAUCCGGGAAAUUACAGGCCAGUUAGCCUAACUUGCGUUCCAGGCAAAUUGAUGGAAAGCAUCCUCAAGGAUAAAAUUGUAAAGCACCUAGAAGAACAGGCCCUGCUGAGAGUGAACCAGCAUGGCUUCUGCAAAGGAUCCACUCAGAAACAAAGCAAGCAGUUUCUUAAAAGGCUUGGAGGGUGAUGAUGAGGUGAUAUGCAGAAUAAUGCAAGUGGAGAGCAAUUACUUCCAUUAUCACCAACAGAAUCGGCCGUAAUAGAUGAAGUCUUGCCAGAAGAAGCAGAUCAUGUCGCCUUGGCUAGGAACCUUCCUCAAGCAGGUACUGUGCAGGAGAGUCAAAACGAAGGGGAACCACACGUAAUACCAGCAGGAGCCCUGCAUGAGAAGCCGGCUGUUAGUUUACCCCAGAGGAUUCACUUAGGCCCAGGAUCAUAUAUUUGCCCAGUGUGUGGGGAAAGCUGCACUCGUCGCUCUGGCCUUACUAAACAUCUCAGAAUCCACACAGGGGAAAAACCAUAUGAAUGCUUGGAAUGUGGCCGAGCAUUUAAGGACAGGUCCCACCUUAUUAGACACAGAAUGACCCACACAGCUGAGAAACCAUAUGAAUGCCCAGUGUGUGCCCAAAGAUUCAGCCGCAGGGGAAGCCUUAUGGUCCAUCAAAGUAUUCACACAGGGGAAAGACCAUAUGGAUGCCCGGACUGUGGGCAAAGGUUCCAACUCAGGAAAAGCCAUAUUAGCCAUCAAAGAAUCCACAGAGGGGAGAAACUGUACAAAUGUGUCGUGUGUGGUAAAAGUUUCAGACACAAUGAAAGCCUUGCUAGACACAAAAGAAUCCACAGAGUAGAGAAUGAACACUCGUCCUGCCAGAGAACGAUCCCGAUGGAACAUCAAAGAACAUAUUGGGAGAAGCGGACUUCUAAAUGCUCACACUGUCACGAGAGCUUUGCUGAUCUGUUGGGCUUGGAGGAACAUGAGAGAACACACAGUGGAGAAGGUGCCUCAUAACUGCUGCUUGUUUGGAAAGAAGUUUGUUUGCAGCACGUCACCCAAUUUUACAUCAAGAAAUUCUGGAGAAUGCAGGAUUACUAUCUGAGCACCACAGUGCAGUUAGGAAAUCAGACGAUGCCUGCUCUGAGUAUCUUGCUUUUCUGUACGUUGGAAAGCAUUUGCACGGCCCUGGGCCCUUUUUAAUUAGUUGCCAUCUGCAUGGAACUGCCAGCAUAGAUUCUUUUAUGGGAACACGGAGAGCAGCCUGAUAGACGAAGCUUGCUUUUUGCUAUGGACAGAUACACUGCAGCCAAUGGUUGACAUGCAGAAUAUUACACCAACACACGUGUUAAACAGGAGGAGAGUUUUAUGGCCACCUGCUUUCCUGGGGAUAGCUUUCUGUAGCUUGUGAAAGCACAUCCCUGAGGGCUGUGUGACCCAUGGGGACGUGUGUUUAGGACACAGAGGCAGCUUCCGAGGGAAGGAGAGAGUGACGUAGAGACAUCACUUAGCCUGGGAAUGUGUGCAUACAGUGAUGAUAUUGAUUGAUUGAUUGAUUGAUUUGAUUUCUAUACUGCCCUUCCAAAAAUGGCUCAGGGUGGUUUACACAGAGAAAUAAUAAACAAAUGAGAUGGCUCCCUGUCCCCAAAGGGCUCACAAUCUUAAAAGAAACAAGAUAGACACCAACAACUGGAGGUACUGUGCUGUGGGUGGAUAGGGCCAGUUGAUGUGCACACAGUGCCUGAGUCUGGGUGCCAGCUAAUAUUUUUAGAGCAAAGGCCAUUUGCGUAACAAGGAAACUGAUCAAUGCUCAGAUUGUAGCAAAGUAUUCUGUGAUAAUCAGGCUGGAUUAACAGGGAAACUGCUCAGGGUGCUGUAAAGGAAACCUGAAUCCACAGGGGAAAGAGGCUGAGAAGGAAGGGGAAUGUAUCAAAGUCUUCUGUUGUUCCAACAGAAAUGUACAUGAAGAUACCAGCUGCUACUUUUCAGAUGGUUAACCUAGUUUCUUUUAUCAGACUAUGCUUAUUUAUCAGACUAUGUUUGCUUUGCUUAAUAAAGUUUUGUGAAUUUUCUGGGUUUUAAAAAA